CUUCAUUCCCAUUGCUCAAUACAUCUGUCUUUUUCCUCCAUCUUUCUUUCUCUCUUCAUUAUUUUCUCGAGAAAAUACAAGCCAGCUAUCGAGCAAGGUAGGUGAGCAUGUCUCCUAUCACUUUGGUAGAAGAGUUCAGCAGCCCCCUCCCAGCCAAGAAGCUGUUCAAGGCCUUUGUCCUUGAUGCUGACACUUUCUUCCCCAAGGUGAUGCCCCAAGCUUUUCAGAGCAUUGAAACCCUCGAAGGCGAUGGAGGCGUCGGCUCCAUCAAGAAGAUCACCUUUGGAGAAGGAAGCCAUUUAAAAUAUAUGAAGCACAAGAUAGAGGAAGUGGACGAGGAGAAGUUGACAUACAAGUACACUGUGAUAGAGGGAGACGCACUGUUGGAGAAGCUGGAGUCAAUUUCCUACGAGAUAAAGAUGGAGAGCACCCCAGAUGGAGGGUGCAAAGGCUCCAACACCAGCACUUACUACCCUAAGCCUGGCUUUGAGGCGAAGGAGGAUGAAAUCAAGGCAGGCAAAGAGAAAGCCAAGGCCAUCUACAAGGCUGCGGAAGCUUACCUCAUUGCUAAUCCUGACAUCUAUGCUGCUUAAAUUACUUUAUUACUUAAUUAAUUACUCCUAUAUGUAUGCCUAUAUGCAUAUAUAUAUAUAUAUGUUUGCCAUCAUCUACAUAUAUGAUUUCGUAUGUUUGCCUCUCUAGCUCUUAUAGCUAUAUGCAUGUGCAUGCCCCAACGUGCCAGCCUUGCCUUGCAUGCAUGGCUUUUUUAAAAUAAAUGGGUACGUGGGUGUGCUCAAUUGUAUGUUGUGCUGUGAUUGGUGAUGUUAUACAGUAAGAAUUGAUGUCCAAA